UUUCACUUCAUUUCCAAUGUUGAAGAUGUUUGAGCGCUCUGCACUAAAAACUUUGCAUAACUCUUACACAGAGGUUCCAGGGAAAGAGGCAUCCUCCAGGGCAAGGCCAAUGUCUCGUUCAACACUACAGUGGCAGAAAUACAAGCCAGGAGUGACCAUGGAUCAGCAGCGAACUGAGAGGCGUGAGAAUCUCACUCCUCAAGAGAGAGAAGAACUGGAGGAGAAGAGAAGGAAGAAGCUGCUUGGUUUUUUCAGCCGGCGGGAGGCUGCAAAAGACAAAUCAAAUUUCGUAGGCAAUAUCAGUAUAUCAGUAUUUGAGAAGGCAGUAAUGACAGAGACCAUGCUGUUUGGAAUGAUGGGUGAUGUGUCUACCCAUCUGAACUUGUCAUACCAAAACCUGCCACGUGAGGCCAAGGAGAGACCUCAGCUGGCCAAGGAGGAUGGGAGGAAGAGCCCAUCACAGCUGUCCGUUAAUGGACACAGAGAUAAGAUGCCUGUUUAUCAUCUGAGAUUCCAGCCGGUGUGCAGGGAUGUGCAGCGAACCCUGCAGCCUGGGAGGUUUGAGGACGUAACCCCAGCAGAGAGGGACCAGUUGGAGGAGCAGAGGAGGAAGAGGCUGCUUGAUUGGUUCAAACCAAUGUUUCAACCGGAGACCAUUUGUGAUAUAACACAGAAGACAACAUGUUAUGGGACUCUGGGACAGACAAUGUACAUGCAACUGUCAAAGAACAUCAAAGGAAUGGCUGUAACUUUAUAUCACAACAAUGUGAAGAUUUUGAUUUUUAGAUCCAGGAAAAACAAGACUACAUUACAUGGAUCCUGCCAAGUCCUGGAGAAAGAGGAGAGAUGCCAGUUUAUCCAUGAGAAUGGGACUCUGAGUAUAAGAUCAGUGCUGAGGAAUGACUCCGGACCCUACAGAGUAGAGCUGCAUAAUGAGCAUGAUGGGAAGAGAAUGGGCGGUCACGAAGCCCAACUAACCAUUGAGGCUCCUGUAGGUACACCUGUGCUUACCCACCUGUGUGAUGACCCGUAUCGGACUGUGAACUGCUCGUCCAGUGGAGACAGUGUUCAGUACAGCUGGUCUCUGGAUGGGAAGACUCUGGAGGAUAUCAGAAAGACUCUCCAGCUGACUGGGAAUGUGACUGGAAAACUCACAUGCACCAUCAAGAACAACGUCAGCAGUAGAAACGCAACAGUGCUGCUUGAACCCUGCCAUGACACCCAAACAGUGACUGUGACUGACAGUAGUAACAGGACUGAGCCCGUGACCAGCAGUCCUCCCUUCUCCAUCAGUGAUGUCAUCAUAGAAGGCGAAAUGCACUGGAUUUACUAUGUCAUCAUAGCUGUGUCUGCAAUGCUUCUUAUUAGUCUGACUGUGACUAUAUAUUUAUGCAGAAAGAGGAGGACGACUCAGACAGCAGAGCAGGGAUGGAGUGCAGAUUUGGACCUCAGAGCUGAUGCCACAGAGAACAAUUACUCCGAAUAAAAUGAUUCAACAGACAGAUGGAUGAUGAUUCCCAUACAGCUGAUAUAUUCUAAAGUCUGGAACAAACUUUGUUUCUAGGUUAUAUUUUUAAAAAGCUUUCGGACAAAAGAAAAACAGCAUUUUCACAGCAUGGCAGCAUUGAAAUGUGUCAUAUUUACUCAUAUUUCCACUGGUCAUGGUAAUGUUCUCAAUAGCCAGUUUCCACUCAUUGUCAGUGCCGUGUAACUCUGUCAGUCUUGUUUCCAGUGUCACUCUUUUCCAUAACUGCUUGUCAUAUUUCAGUGUAACUGCUUGUCAUAGUUUCCAGUGAGUUGGUCUGGCCAGCUACAAUACUAUUAGUGACAGAGGCUGUAGGUGCAUUCACAUAUCAGAGAGAAUUAUUUCAUUUUUCACUCUUCAAUUAUUUCACUUUUUUAUGUGAUGUUUAGACCAAUAUUGUAAUAUAAUGUCAAUGUAUGCUUGUACACUGCUUUGCUGUUCUGAUGUGAAAUGAAUACUGAUGAAAACAGUUGACUCUCUAUCAAGAUAACCUAUCCUUUGUUUACAAUUUAGUUUUCUAUUAGUCUUUCUGUUGUGUUAUUAGUGUUUUGUGGCAUUAGUACAGCAUUAGACAACAAUAAAUAAAGAAAAAUAAAAGUAAAUAUUGCUAUUGCUGUAGUUGUAGCUCUGUAGCUAAAAUCUUAAGAAUAGCCUAAAUGUUAUUCCAUUGCUGUAAGUCACUCUGGACAAAUAGCCAAAUUAAUAAAUAUAAAUGUAAAUAAAACAUUUGACUCCA